AUGUCCUUGCUCUAUGAAGAUGAAUUUGUUAGCGUCAACGAAGUGGCUCUAACAAUAAAGAACUACCACUUCCCAUCGAAAAAAGUCAAAUGCAUCCCUAUUGAAGCUAUACGUGUUCUUUGGUUUGAAGAACAAGAUCGAACGAAGGGUCCAACGAAGAUGUGGGGUAAAUCAACAACAUCUGUCUAUUGGACGCUUGAUGUGAAGAGAUGUAUCCCCGGAAGCUCAGGCGAGAAAUUCAACGUUGUCGUCGAUGUUGGACAAAAAAUCAGAUCCGGAUUUACGGUGGCUCAUGGCGAGACUUUUAUGGAAGCUAUGCGAUCGGUGUUUGACUACCAUGUCAUCAUUGUCGAUAGCAUUAAUCUCUAA